AUGGCGGCGAAAUCUUUUCUGUUCCUGUGGUGUCUUCUAACUGCCAAGAUCUCACUAAGCCAUCGAAUUGGUCCUCGACAAGCAGAUGGCGAUGUUGACGACCAAGUGUUUUUAAGGAGAGCAUUCCAUUCCUCGGCCGUGUUGAACGGAUGGGUGUACAUCGACGGAGGCGAGUUCUCCUACAAGAGCGGAAGAAACAUUGUCUACCAGUACUCAAAUACAUUGCUAUCCAUUGAUCUUUCGAAGGAUUGGCCCAAUGAUACGAUCGACAUACAAUCGUCUUCCAAACCGGAAGGUGUCCCAAACUUGCGAAACGGUGGCAUCUGGGUCGACGAGAAGAAUGGAGUACUAUACACGGGGUUUGCCGGGACAGAGCCCUUCUUUGGUGAUGGAGCGCUCUGCUCACAGGGCCUGUGGUCAUUCGUUCCAAAUGGAUCAGGCGGGGGUGACUGGAGAAAUUUGAACGAUACUGCCGACCCCGGUUUCGUGAACCUCCCACGGCCCUACAAAGGACAAACAAGCAGUGGCGAUGGCCGGGGCUUCUUUCUCGGCGGCGUCAUCAGCAAUGAGACAGGCCAGGAGACCACCCUCAGCAACCUCGACACCUACGAUUUUGCCGCUAACAAACUCACAAAUCAGACGGUGUCUGGCGUGUCUACUCGGGGAUUGGAACGGUAUGGAGGCAUGAUCUACGUGCCCAACUUUGGAAAUCGCGGAAUCUUGAUCAAUGUAGGCGGCGAGCAAGGUGGACGAGGACGAGUCGAGACCGACGAGUUGAUAUCUUUUCGGCGAGUUCAGGUAUACGACCCAGAGAGUCAGACAUGGUUUGAACAAAAGACGAGCGGCAAUACUCCCCAACCUCGUAAGCAAUUCUGCAUUGCCGGCCUGGCAUCCAACAAUCAUACUUAUGAGGUGCUGGUCUACGCGGGCUGGGAAGGGCAGUAUGGGUCGUCGUCGCUGUCCUAUGACAGUGCCUUUGUGCUUACGCUUCCUGGAUUUCAUUGGGUCAAAGCAGACUAUCCGUCACAUAACCCACGACACGGCCUGACCUGCAACCCUGUUGGCGGAAGUCAAGUCUUGAUUAUCGGUGGUGUUGACACAACACAACAAGCUGACAGCUCAGGCGCACAACAACAACGCCAGCAGCGGAACGGCUCCUCAGAUAACAUAUCCGAUUACAUUAGUGCUUUCAGCACCCCUGAUCCUUUCCACCGAGGAUUGGCGAUAUUUGACAUGCAUGCCAUGGGUUGGAACACCUCGUAUACAGCGAAUCCUGCCGUUUAUGCGCCCGCUCCAGAAGUUCAGGAUUACUACAAUACCAGGGGCCUCAAGCCAGAAGCAGGCUUCGCCUCACCGGAACUCGAACACAUAUUCUCUAUCGCCCGUUUCGACAACAGCCCAGACGAGAGCCCAGCCAGCUACGCGCGCAGAAGUAAUACGGCUGCCAUUGUGGGAGGGGUAGUCGGAGGCGUUGUCGUACUAGCCGCAGUAUUCGGGUUAUUUCUGUUCUUCAGGCGCAGACACAAGAAACAGCCACUGCCAUCCACGGUUGUGGGUCAAUCUAUCAGUUCUCACACGGCCUACGACAAGCCCCCGACGUUGUCGUCACUGCAUUGGCAGGAGCUGGCAGUGGUUGGUAAUGAGCAGCCACAUCCUGAGUUGCCAGUGGAGGGUCAUGAACAGCCCCAUCCAGAACUACCUGUGGCUGGACACGAGAGGCCCCGGAUUGAGCUACCACCGGAGGUGAAACCUGAGAAGCAGCAGGAGGCGGUUCCAGCACCACCAGCAGAGCCGGAGCCUGUGGAAUUGCAUGGGGACAGUCUGGUCCUGAGCGAGUUGUCUCCUAGGUCGCAGGACAUCAUGAAGAACUUCAAGUUCCCGACUGAGCAUAUCCAGAAGCCACUUUCUCGGACAAAGAGUUUGUGA